AGAUUUUGUUACUGUGGUUUCACACUUGCGCUUCAUCAAACAGACACAACACUUUUCGUGGUUGCAUACCAUUGCCGUCUUCACCGACCGCGCAACGAUACGCGUGCUUUUUUCUUACCCAUAAACUGCCACGGAAGGGGCGCCGUUUAGUCUGUUCCUGAUACUUAUAUAUAUACACGUUAGAGAUAUACGCACACACUGGCAGCCAGCACGCACACUGCACACAGAGGCCAUAUCCAAUCUUAUUUUAACAAAAGAAGAAAAAGGGGCUGGCGUACUUCCCAUCCAUAGAACAGAAAAAGAUAUACAUACAUAUAUAGUGAGAGUUUUCCAUUCUCUUUCCACCCCACUUUCCACACACACACACACACACACACCCUUGUUCUUCUUCGUUGUUUCGGCUUUCAUACGGAGCAAAAAGGAAAAGAAAGAAACCUUUCUACCCCACAAACUCUCCGUCCAGCUAAUUGAACCUCCGAUAGCAAAAAAACAACAACAUCCCUAACACAAUAAAGAAAAUGCAGCAGCCCGGCAGUCACCAGAUUCAGCCCAUCGACUCCCUCACCCCGUUUCUCGGCGGGAAGUGGUGGAUUCGGGCGCGCGUGGCGGACAAGAGCGACAUACGCACCUGGAACAAGCCGACGUCGCAGGGCAAGCUCUUCUCCUUCACCCUCAUCGACGAGUCCGCUGCGAUCCGCGCCACUGUCUUCAACGACGCCGUCGACACCUUCGAACCGCUCAUCGUGAAUGGCCAGGUGUACUACUUCAGCGGUGGUCAGGUCAAGAACGCGAACCGCCGCUUUAGCAACGUGAACAACGACUACGAGCUCACCUUCGAUCGGUCGUCGGAGAUUAUGCUGGCGCGCCAGGACUCGUCGACGGCGGUCUUGCCCAUGCAGCGCUACAACUUUGUGCCGAUUGAACUGCUGAAGCAGCGCGAGGUCGGCUCGCUGGUGGACGUGCUGGGCGUCGUGCUGAAGGUGGAUGAGGUCUCCUCCAUCACGCAGAAGUCGACGGGGCGGGAGCUCAUCAAACGUAACGCCAAGCUGGGCGACAUGACCGCCGCGGUGGAGGUCACCUUCUGGAACGAUGAGGCGAAGGCAUGGAACUACCCGGCGGGCACGGUGGUGGCGCUCCGGCAACUGAAGGUGGGCAGCUACAAUGGCGUCACGCUCUCCUCCACCUACCAGACGAAGAUCGACGUGAACCCGUCGGACCUGCCAGAUGUGAAGAAGCUGUCGACGUGGUACGUCUCCACCGGCGGCGCGAACGUGGUGUCUUUGUCCUCGCAGGACGUCGGCGCGGGCGGCGGGGCAAACGGCGAGGGCAACCGCGGACGCAAGUACCUGGACGAGAUCCAGUCGGAGGGCAUCGGCCGCGGCCCGAAGCCCGAGUACGUCGACGUGCGUUGCGUCCCCAUCUACUUCAAGCAGGACGCGCAGUGGUACGACGCGUGCCCGACGUGCAACAAGAAGGUAACGGAGGAGGGUGCGCAGGGGGAUCGCUUUCGCUGCGAGAAGUGCGACGCCACCGUCGUCCCGACGCAGCGCUAUCUCGUUUCCAUCCAGGUCACCGACAACGUGUCGCAGGUGUGGCUGACGCUGUUUAACGAGGCCGGUGUGGAGUUCUUCGGGAUGGAGGCGUCUGAGCUGAAGCGCCGUGCCCAGGAGGAUCCGCUCUACAUCGCAAAGCUGGCACAGGGCCGCAUGAACCGCCCCGUGGUGAUGCGGCUGCGCGUGAAGGAGGAGACGAACGCGAACGCCAUGACCGGCGAGGAGUCGGAUCGGCUGCGAAUGUCGGUGGUCCGCAUUUCGGAGUUCAUGCCCAUCGCCGGCACAUCGGAGGAGACGCGGCGCCGUCUCGCGCAGAACCUCCGCGCUGAGUGCGACGACAUCCUCCGCUGCAUCGAGGCCUACGUGUAA